AUGAUUUGUUCAAAAUUAUCUCUGUUGAGAUAUGUUCAUUUAGUUUAUUACUUUUUAAUAAUAUCAUUUUGUUUUUAUAAUAAUAUUUAUUGUUUUAAUGUAAACCUAACUAAACCAAAUGAAGAAGCUAAUAUUAUAAGACUUAACAAAUUAAUUUCCAUGAAAAGAAAUAUUUCAAGAAGAAAAUCAGAUGAAUUUAUUAAAGAUGGAAAAGUCAAAAUAAACAAUAAAAUAAUAACAAAUCCAGGUACACAUGUACAUAUAGGAAAAGAUAGUUUACGCAUAUGUGACAAAAAAAUUAAAUUAACAAAUAUUUUAAAUAUGAUAAAACAAAAUUCAACCAAAUUACAUAAAUGGAUAGUUUUACAUAAACCAAAAGGAUUAUUAUGUACAUCCAACGAUGAAAAAAAUAGAAAAUCUAUAUACACACUUUUGCCUGAGGAAAUGUUACAAAAGUAUCGAUUAGUAACAGUAGGGAGACUUGAUAGAAACACCUCAGGAGUACUACUACUUACCAACGAUUAUGCUUGGGUAAAUAAAUUAACUCACCCAAAAUAUCAAAGGAUAAGAACAUAUAGAGUACAUAUUGAGGGUCCUGUUAAAAUGAAUGCCCUCAAAGAACUAGCCAGAGGUAUCUAUUUAGAAGAUGAUGAAAAAGAACAACCAAAAAAGAAAUAUAAUAACAACGAAUCAAGUGAAAAAUCAAAAAUAGAUGACAAACAGAAAAAAAAACAAUCAAAAAUGAAAAAAACGAAUCCAGCUUUUAUUGAAAUCCUUAGGGAAGAAAAAAUAAAAAUAAAGGAAGACAACAAAAAAAUAACUGUUCUAAAUAUAAGUAUAAAAGAAGGAAGAAAUAGACAAAUCAGAAAAAUGUUUCAACAAAUUAAUCAACCAGUUAUUAAAAUUAAAAGAACAUCCUUUGAAAAUAUUACGCUCAAAAAUAUAUAUUUCCCAAAACAAUAUAGGGAGUUAAAUCAAAAAGAAGUCAAUGAUUUAAAGUUAAGAAAUUUUUAA